AUGCACAGCGCCGUGGGCAGGGUGCACACGAGUGUACACGUUUACGCAUUUGGAGCAGAGUGGCGACCGCGGCUGCUCCACGUUUAUUUCCGCAAGCUGCGCAUAUCGUUGUCCACAACAAGUCGCAGAAGAAACACAAGUACAGAGGCGACUUCGUCUAUCGGCGACCCGCUGACGUCGCUGGCCCUUAGCCAGGAUGUCCUGCUUCUCUUUGUGUACCUAGCACGGUAUUAG